GGCUCACCGACUGGAAGGUCUUUCGAGAUCCUUCGUCUACUGACACGUUUUUCACUGGAAGAACCGACAAAGUAGCGCUUCAUUCCGCUCAUUUCCAGUAUUUAAGUUCGCGGAAACGAUGUCAGUUCCUCAAAGAGCGGGAGCUGCGAAAACGAAACAGGCGAUUUCUCAGUCCCACUCAAGUAAGGAAGCUGCUGCUGCGAAACUUCUCAAAGCCGCCGUUAAGAAACAGGAUGAAGAUGAUGGGACAGAAGUGGGUGAUGGAGCAGAUGAAUGGAUGCAAAGAAAGACACUGAUCAAACCACCUGAUCAGGUAGAUCUCACUGAAGCGGAGCUGAAAGAGGAAUUCACAAGGAUUCUGACCACCAACAACCCUCAUGCUCCACAGAAUAUUGUGCGAUACAGCUUUAAAGAACGUUCGUACAAAAGGAUUGGCGGGAUUGACCAGCUGGCCAUCCAUUUCAUGCUGGCAGGCAACCUGUUGCACAAGGAUUCUGACGAGGCACGCCAGCAGAGGGCAAGACAGGGUCUCCCAGAUGAAAAGGCUGCUGUUGAGUCAAUUGUUGCAGAGACUGAAGAGGAAAAGCCUGACUCUCCGCAGGUUGAGAUAGAGGAGGUGACGGAGGUGGGAGGAAGUGAGGACAGACCUGAGAGUGUGGAGCAUCAGGCCAAAAGGCGGGAUCAGAAGCUGAAAAACCAGUUCAAGUUCACUGAAAGACCAUCCCAGACCCUCAACAACCCCCUGAGGCAAAAAGGAUGUCAAACAGAACUCCCACCUCGAUCAAACUUCUCAGCCACAGCCAACCAGUGGGUAAUAUACGACGCUUACAUGGAGGAGUUACAGAAACAGAACAAGGAGCGGCAGAAGGCCUCUCUGAAGAAGGAGGAAGAAAAAAGCAAGAAGAAAACAAUACUAGUGGAGACGGAGAGCGACAACAUCACCAGAGUUAGGCAGGUGGCCAAAAUUGUUGAACGGAUGGUUGUCCAAAAUACAUUUGAUGAGAUUGCACAGGAUUUCAAAUAUUUUGAAGAUUCUUCUGAUGAGUUCCGAGAGCAGGAGGGCACAUUACUUCCACUCUGGAAAUUUCAGCAUGAUAAAGUCAAAGGGUUGGCUGUGACCUCCCUCUGCUGGAAUCAACGAUACAAAGACUUGUUUGCUGUAGGCCUCGGGUCUUAUGACUUCACCAAACAGGGGUAUGGAAUGGUGCUCUUCUACUCAUUGAAGAACCCCACCUUCCCUGAGUACUCCUACAUCACACUAUCAGGUGUUAUGUGCUUGGACAUCCAUGCAAAACUCUCCCACUUGGUGGCAGUGGGAUUCUACAACGGCUGCAUAGCCGUCUACAACCUGAAGGAGAAAAGCACCCAACCGAUGUACAGGAGCACUGCAAAGUCCGGAAUGCACACUGACCCUGUUUGGCAGGUGAAAUGGCAAAAGGAUGACUUGGACAGCAAUCACAAUUUAUUUUCUGUCUCCUCAGAUGGUCGUGUGGUGUCUUGGACUCUUGUCAAGAAUGAACUGGUCUUCACAGAAAUUAUCAAACUAUCGAUGGGUGAUGGACUGACACAAGGGUUGGAGGAAUUGCAGUUUCUCAAUCCAGCAUGUGGUACAUCAUUUGACUUCCACAAACAAAUUGAUUACCUCUUUUUGGUUGGCACAGAAGAAGGGAAGAUUUUCAAGUGUUCGAAGGCCUAUUCUAGCCAGUUUCUCGAGACCUACGAUGGACACCACAUGUCUGUGCAUGCGGUGCGCUGGAACUACUUCCAUCCCAAAGUCUUUCUCUCCUGCAGUGCUGAUUGGACUGUCAAGAUCUGGGACCACACUGUUAGAACCCCCAUGUUCACCUUUGACAUGAACUCUGCAGUGGGGGAUGUGGCAUGGUCCCCCUACUCUUCCACAGUGUUUGCUGCUGUCACCACUGAUGGCAAGGUGCACGUUUUUGAUUUGAGCAUCAACAAGUAUGAGGCUCUCUGCCAGCAACCUGUGGUGCCAAAGAAGGCUAAGCUUACGCACAUUGAUUUCAAUCUAGUAUACCCAAUCAUAAUUGUCGGUGAUGACCGGGGCUGCGUGACCACCCUCAAGCUCUCUCCAAACCUGCGCAAGAAACCCAAGGAAAAAAAGGGCCAGGAGCCACCCAAGACUCCAGAGAUGGAAGUCGCAAAGAUGGAGAAGCUGCUGAGUUUACAGAGAGAACCAGACAACAGCUCCUUGGGCUGAAUGUUGCCUAGAGUAAAGGAAAAGGCCAGGA